GACUCGCCUAGUUUGUCUCCCCAAGAAUAAGAUUCCCUCGUUUAAACCCAUUCCUUCAUCUCUCUCUCUCUCUCUCUCUCCCCCGUUCUCUCCUUCCAUCUUCUUCGUUCCAAUAGGCGAAAGUAGCAGAAGAAAGGGAAAGGAGUAGCAUUCUGGACCAGUCAUCUUCUUCCUUAAUUACUCCCUUUGUUUUUUGGUACAGCUUCCUUACUCCCUUCAUCGACAUGGAUGAUACAGCAAGACAAUGCCAGAUUUCAAGUGGGGAGAAUAGAAACGUGAAGUACCAGAGCUCCAAGUCCAGGAGAAGCCCAUUCGGAAAGCUCUUCCAAUGGGAGUGCCUGUUGGCCUUCCUUGGCAUUCUACCAUUCAUGGUGAUUAGCCCGGUUUCUUGCCGGGCUUGGGAUGGAGUCAUCAUCACCCAAGCCGACUACCAGGGCCUCCAAGCCUUCAAGCAUGCAUUGGAUGACCCCAGAGGGCUCCUCAGGAGCUGGAAUGGCACCGGCCUCGAUGCCUGCUCCGGCGCCUGGGUGGGGAUCAAAUGCGUCCGCGGAAAGGUGAUAGCUAUCCAGCUGCCAUGGAGGGGACUGGGUGGGCACAUCUCCGAGAAGGUUGGCCAGCUCACCGCAUUAAGAAAGCUAAGCCUCCAUGACAACUCCCUCGGUGGCCAGAUCCCCUCGGCGCUCGGGUUCCUUCGUGAUCUCAGAGGCGUUUAUCUCUUCAACAAUCGCUUCUCGGGCGCCAUCCCACCUUCCAUUGGUGACUGCCUCGUGCUCCAGACUCUGGAUGUUAGCAACAAUUUGCUCACAGGAAGUAUUCCCUCUUCCAUAUGGAACUCCACAAGGCUCUACAGGCUCAAUUUUAGCUAUAACAACCUCUCAGGAGUGAUCCCCCUCGGCGUCACUCACCUCCCUACCCUCACAUUCCUCCACCUUCAACACAAUAACCUUUCCGGUUCCAUUCCUGAUGCUUGGGGAGGGAGGGAAGAUAACCAAGCCUAUCAGCUUCGGACGUUGAAUCUAGAUUACAACUUCUACUCGGGAAGCAUUCCCAUUUCCCUCGGCAAGUUGCCGAUGCUAGAACAAGUUACUCUUAGCAACAAUAAGCUCAAUGGAAGCAUACCUGAAGAAAUGGGGACUCUUCCGAGGCUGCAAACUCUAGACCUUUCUCAUAACUCCAUCGGAGGAAGCUUCCCUCCAUCUCUCUGCAACCUUUCCUCAUUACUUCAGCUCAACCUUGAGGGCAACCACCUUGAGAAUCGGAUCCCAGAAACCAUCGAUAGGAUGAAGAACCUUUCAGUCCUCUCGCUUGGGAGGAACCAAUUCGAUGGUGAGAUUCCGGCCGCCCUCGGGAAUAUUUCCAGCCUUUCUCAGCUGGACUUAUCGGGGAACAAUCUCAGCGGACCGAUUCCGGCCUCCCUCGAUCUUCUAACCAAUCUCACUGCUUUCAAUGUCUCCAACAACAACUUAUCUGGUCCGGUCCCCGUUCUCCUCUCCGAGAAGUUCAAUUCCAGCUCUUUCAGGGGAAACAUCCAGCUCUGCGGGUACAGCAUUCUGGUCCCAUGUCCUCCUCCCCCUCAUCCGAAUGUUUCUUCUCCAACGAUCUCGACGGUGCCCCAUCACCACCGCAAACUGAGCACCAAGGAUAUUAUUCUCAUAGCUGCAGGGAUUGUUCUCGUGGUUCUAUUUCUACUCUGCUGUGCUCUUCUCUGCUGCUUGGUCGGACGAGGGGCUGCUGCUGCGAGUGAUGAGCGCGCAGCUGCCGGAGCGGGAGCUGGGACAGGCGAGAAGCCGGGGCCUGCGGCGGGGGGAGCUGAAGCAGAGGCAGGAGGGGACGCCGGGGGGAAGCUCGUCCACUUUGAUGGGCCGCUGGCAUUCACGGCUGACGACCUUCUGUGUGCGACGGCGGAGAUCAUGGGGAAGAGUACCUACGGGACCGUAUACAAGGCGACGCUGGAGGACGGGAGUCAGGUCGCGGUGAAAAGGCUAAGGGAAAGAAUGGCAAAGAAUCAGAGGGACUUCGAAGCGGAGGCGAGCAUGCUCGGGAAGAUCCGGCAUCCGAAUCUAUUGGCUCUCAGGGCUUAUUAUCUGGGCCCCAAAGGCGAGAAGUUGCUGGUAUUUGACUAUAUGCACAAGGGAAGCCUCGCAGCUUUCCUACAUGCUCGGGGCCCCGACACACGGGUUGAUUGGCCGACGAGGAUGAGCAUAGCCAUGGCGGUAGCGCGUGGCCUAUGCCACCUUCAUGUCGACAUGAAGAUGAUCCAUGGCAACCUAACGAGCAGCAACAUCCUACUGGAUGAGAACACGGAUGCCAAGAUCGCCGAUUUCGGCCUAUCCCUCCUCAUGACCAGUGCCGCCAGUUCCAGCGUGAUUGCCACUGCCGGCGCACUCGGCUACCGCGCUCCCGAGCUCUCCAAGCUGAAGAAGGCCGGCACGAAGACCGACGUCUACAGCGUCGGAGUGAUCAUGCUGGAGCUCUUGACGGGAAAGUCCCCCGGAGAGACGACGAAUGGCAUGGAUCUACCUCACUGGGUGGCGUCGAUCGUGAAGGAGGAGUGGACAAAUGAGGUGUUUGAUCUGGAGCUCAUGAGAGAUGCGGAGGCCGGGACGACAACCGGGGAUGAAUUGCUCAACACGUUGAAGCUGGCACUGCAUUGCGUGGAUCCUUCUCCGGCUGCCCGGCCGGAGGUUCAGCAAAUCCUGCAGCAGCUGGAGCAGAUCAAACCGGAAUUGGCUGCUUCUGCGGGCUCGUCCGUUGAAGAAGGUGGCGGCGGCGCCACCGCGGUUGAAGCGUCUAAAUCCGGUGAUUAGGUUGGUUGGUUUGGCUUCUAGGGGGGGGGGGGGUUAUUCUGGAUUCUUUUGUUCCUGAUUAAGUUCUGGUCGAUGGUUGGGUAGGUAUUGGGUUUAAACGCUGAAACCUGUAUAUAUGUUCGAUGCUUAGGACAAUUAUUUGUUAUUCUUAUUAAUGUUUGCAGGGUUGCUCUCUUUAUCACAA